ACAAUUUACGGUGGUCUUCAUCAACUACAAAAAUUAAUUUCUGGACAAAUGGAAAUCGGAAAUACAAAACCGCUGUCGUUUUCAAGUAGUGAGCUAAAGGAAGACACAGACUACGUGUUGGUUGUUUCUGCUGAAAACAGAUUUGGGAUACAUUCCUUUUUACCAUCUACCCACCUUGUUAGACGUACAACCAAACCACUAGGUCUCACUCUACGGGGUCCUAGGGUUGUCGAAGCUGAGCGUGACGUCACAUUCACUGUUAUUGUUGACAUUUGUGGAGAUUUGGACUUAACGACAUCGGGCUUACAAUUCAUUUGGAGCAUUUCUCCUCAAGUUGUCGACUUAAGUGGGUUUUCUGGAAACACUGCUAUUGUUCCUAAAGGUUAUCUCCAGCUUGGAAUUACCUAUAACCUUAUAGUAAACGUGUCUGUAAGCAAUGAUGAGAGUCAAUGGAAUGCUUUGUCACAGACCUUAGGUGUUAAAAAAUCGAACUUACAGGCUGUUAUUAGCUCGUCAUAUCUUGUGGUUGGAGACCAGACAUCGUUCAAGAUAGAUGGUGCUCUAUCUUUUGAUCCAAGUAACGCUGCUGGCGAUCUCCAGUUACUGUGGUCUUGUACUGACCAGAUGACCACUAAUACGUCCUGUUUCGAAGCCAGUUUGUUGGUUAACGAGCAGGUUCUCACUGUACCAGCAGGAUCACUUCCACCUAAGACAUACGUAAUUACACUGAAAGUCUCUAAAGGCACACGAAACACUAAAAGCCAGACUAAAGUGAGUGUGCGCAGAGGCCAACUACCUGUUGUGUACAUAAAGAAACUUAAACCUGAUCGGAUCAAUCCUUCCGAGAGACUGGUCGUGGAAAGUUACGUGACAAGUGGACCUAAUGUCACCCUUCGCUGGGAAGUUGUGAGGGAGAAAGAAUAUGCCCUCGCACCCUAUGGAGGAGUAACGACGUCAAUAGUGUUAAGGAACUACAAUUCCAAGUUGGUCGACCGUCCAUUUCCACUACUAAUACCAGCUAAAAACCAGUGGUGGGCAGGACUACUAGGUGGCGCCCUCUAUAAAUUUCGUCUAACAGCAGAGCCAGUGGACGGUGGAGAACCAGGUUAUGCUGACGUUGUUAUGGAGACAAAUAAUCCACCGAUCAAGGGAAUGCUAAAGGUGGUGCCACCAUCUGGUAUUGCCUUAAAAACCCAGUUUAUAUUAGAUGCUACAGAAGGAUGGAGAGACUCUCCCGAAGACUAUUCACUCACUUACACGUUUUCAUACAGUCUUUCUAUCAAUGACACCGACACUCCCAUCGCUACUAUUACUCGAGCGCCACCUCGUAUCGAAAAUGUAGCUUUUCCUGGAGUAUCAAGCCAGGAUACUACUAUUAUAGUUCAAGUCAAAGUAUGCGAUAUCCUCGACUCGUGUAGCACCACUGAGCAAACCGUCUCUAUACAACCUUUGUCGUCUUUCUCGAAUGACGAAUUCGAUCUGUUGAAUAAAACGGUUCUUGAAUACUUAAAUCAAG